GACUUGGCUUACGACUAGUUACGGCAACAUGUGGCGCCUCUCGGCCGUGUUUAAGUGUGACUUUGGCGUGCUCGAUGUCAGACGGACUGCUGCGAGCGGACGGACACAGCAGCGUGUGGAAAGUGAAAACAACGGAAAGGCUUUGCAACACAAAGCAGCAAAUGAAUGCAACUAAAUAGAAGCGUAUGUGUGAGGUUUAAAUAGAAUAGAAUAAAAUAGAAUAAAAUGGAAUAAAUGUUAAGUGUAAGGCAGAUAGUAAACAAUUAGAACAACAAAGUGUCAGUCGUCAGUCAGCUUGUGACAAUGACAAGUGGGGGCAACGACGCUGCUCACAUAACAAAGCAGCGCUACACAGCUAAAAGGAAGCUUGCUUGCUGCUGCUGCGGUGGCCGGAUUGUGUUGUAUCUGUCGGGGAAUCAGCGCAGAAGCGCCGAGAAUGGCGAUUGCAGUGGCAAAGUUGCAGGCAAAGCUGCGGCAGUGGGCAACAAAAUAGGCAAUCGAAUUGAUUAAUCGCACACGCCGACAGUAUUUAAAUAUUUAACUAGUGUUUUGCGCGCGGCAACAACUUCAUUAAAGGAAAUAAAAAAUAAAAUAAAAACAUUUCAAUAAAAAAGUGCGAAAAACAAAAAAAAAUUGCACUGUCACAGUCAUUCAAAUUCAAUUAAACCCGUUGUUUAAUUCAGUUAGCAAAAUCGAUUGGCAACGGCAGCACAACGGCAUUCAAUGAGCCGGCAGACCAGCACGCGGCGCGACCAGUCAGACAACGACAUUUUGCGUGGCAAAAGCAUAAACGGACAACGCAUUAGUUGUUAUUAGUGUUAUUGAACGUGUUAAUCACAUUUUUGUGGAUCUGAAAUUGAAAUGUAACAUUAAAUGAAACCCCUGUGAUUUUAUAACAGCUGCCACGACACGCUUAAACAACUUGCCGUUUUGCUUUGCAACCAACAGUGGCCGCGUUUCCACGGCGCAUAAACUAUAACUACAGACGUUAAAAAUAAUAAAAAAAUAUUCAAAAGUAAACAGUAAAACCGAAAGUAAUUUGAAAAAAAAAUAAACAAAAUAAUAAUAAAUCAGCCAGACUUAUUAAAAUGAGUCGCACGCACAUCUCGUCCGGCAUAAUGAGCCGCAUGCGAGUUUUCGAAAGCACAGAUUCUUCAGCUUCCAUUACCGACAGUCCGACGAAACGCUCAACAACAGCAACAUCUGUGGCAACGUCUUCACAACACUCACCAAUAAUAUUGAAAGCGCCGUUGUCAUCGUCAACGUCGUCGACCUCGGAGAAGAUUGUGCUACGGGAACCUGAAUCCAUACCGACCGCUGGGCCAGAGUGGUUUGAACAUAAGCGACAAGCAAUUAGCAGUGCACUUGCAGCGAACGAACGCACUACAACAACAAUAACAAUGAUGAUGUCGUCGCCACCGCCGGGAGUACAAAAAGAUGCGGACGGACUCAUACUGCCCAGAAAAUUAAUAAAUCCCUGUUUGGAAUCGAAUGAACGGCAGCAGCUACAUCGAGAGUUAAAAUUUAACACUAAAAUGGGUAAAAGUGUGCUAAAUCAGAAAUCCGAACUGCAGCGUGCCUACGAGAAGCAACGCGAACGGCAACAACGCCAACAGCAACAGGAGGAUCUCUCACCCACCGCCGGCCUUAAAGCUGAAUUGAAUCGUGUGAUAAUGGAGCGUGCGCAAAAGCAUGAACGUCAGGAGGGCGACGAGGAUGAAGAGGACAAGCAAUAUGUGAAUCCGGAAUAUUUGAAUGCGCGAGCGAAACUGCGUCAGCAACGGGCGAGCGAGCUAAAAUAGAUGGGGGUGAUGGGAGGGAGAGAGUGGAAACCAAAAAGAAUACGAACAACAAUACAGCACCCGCGCAUUCAACAACAACAAGAAAAAAUAAGAGAAACGAAAUUUCAACGCCCUUUUAUUGCAUAACCUAAUAAGAUUGAUUGCUUUACAAAUAAGUUUUUCCACUUUAUGUUUAUUGAAGUUUAUUUUUUGGCGUGCAAAGUGAUGUAGUAUUUGUGUCGUAGUUUGAUUUGAGUCGAAAUGUUGGGGGCAACUUUUGUUAUUUUGCGUACAGUUUGAGUUAUCGCACAUCACUUUUUGAAACAACACUUUUUAGCGUAAAAUAUUCGUUAAUUCGCUUUAAUAGAUUCUUUAGAGGUAUUUGUUCGAUAUGACCGACCUACAUUAAUACACAUGCAUAUUUAUGUAUGAAUGUAUGUGUGUGUCUCAUAUUAAUAUUUGUAAAUUAGCAUAAUUUUGUUUUUAGUCUUGUCGAGCUUAAAUGUACAUUGUAUUCGAAAUUCCACAUUUCUGCUCCAUAAAUUUCACCGAUCACCAAAAAAAAUAGUUUUUUUGGGUUUCUGUUUUCGCAAAUUCUGAUUCUAGACAUUAAAAACCACUAUAACUUUUAUUUUUUACUCUUACAGAUUGGUAUUAUUGUCUGAUACGAAUGAAAAGAAAUACGAAAAAAAUUUCUACAAAAUCAAACUUUAAUCAAUAAAAAAUUUUUUCUUCAAUUUUGCAGUAGUCAGACUCAAAAAUCGUUUCGAACGAUGUUUUAAUUGUCAAAAUGACUGGAUAUCGGACCCUCAAGAAUUAUUUUUAUACCUAAAAUACUUUUCUUUUCGUCACGCUAAUCGCGUGAAUAACGGUUUCACUUUGUUUUUUUUUUUACUAUUGACGCUUAAUUAUAGCUAAUUUGCCUAUGUAUGUGUAUGCUUAUUCGAAUCCCUUUCUAACCGCUUACGUUUCAACCUCACAAACCCUCAAAAUGUGCUAUCAAUCAUCAAUGUAUCUAAUAAAAUGACGAAUGGUGAAAUUCAAAUGAAGAAAUGAUAUUAUUUUUAUACAUGAAAACCCAUUUAACAUAACUGUAUUUGUAAUAUUAAUUAAUAAUAUAUAAUUGUACUGUAUUAUAUUGUAUUUGUAGUGGAACUCUAACGUAAAAAUCCUUUAACAAAAGUCACUCUGUAAGAAACAACAAAACUCAUGACCCUGUGUUAAACCUUUAACUAAAUAUUAAAAAAAUACAUAAAAGAAAAAUUAAAUAAGUUAAAUAACGAGAAACUGUUAAAAGAGACUACCUUAACGAUUAUAAUAAUUACUCAUAAUGACUUAAGUUACGAGUGUAUAAAGCAACAAGUGAAAUUAUAACGGAGUAAAUAGAUAAAAAUAA